CCAAGCCAGCCCCAAGGAGCUCGCCAAGUUCGCGUCGGGCAACUCCACCAGCAACAUCCUCAACCGCAUCCUCUCACGAUACGACCCUCGCAUCCGCCCCAACUUCAAGAAGUCCCCCGUGAACGUGAACCUCAACAUCUUCGUCAACAGCUUCGGCUCCGUGCAGGAGACCACCAUGGACUACCGCGUCAACAUCUUCAUCCGCCAGAAGUGGAACGACCCGCGCCUGCGACUGCCCGCCGACUUCCAGGGCUCGGAGGCGCUGACCGUGGACCCCACGAUGUCGCGCUGCCUCUGGCGGCCCGACCUGUUCUUCGCCAACGAGAAGACGGCCAACUUCCACUCAGUCACCAAGGACAACACGCUGCUCUUCAUCUACCGCAACGGGGACGUGCUGCUCAGUAUGAGACUUUCCAUCACGUUGUCCUGUCCCAUGGACCUCACGCUCUUCCCAAUGGACACGCAGAUGUGCAAGAUGCAGCUGGAGAGCUUCGGCUUCACCACGGAGGACCUGCGCUUCAACUGGGCGCCCGGCGACCCGGUGCAGAUGGACGAGAUGUCGCUGCCGCAGUUCGACAUCAGCAACGACGACAUCCGCUACGGGAACUGCACCAAGUUCUACCCGGGCACCGGCUACUACACGUGUGUGGAGGUGAUCUUCACGCUGCGAAGACAGGUGGGGUUCUACAUCAUGGGGGUCUACGCCCCCACGCUGCUCACCGUGGUACUGUCAUGGCUGUCGUUCUGGAUCAACCCCGAGGCUAGCGCGGCACGCGUACCCCUGGGCAUCCUGUCGGUGCUCUCGCUGGCGUCCCAGGCGAUGUCUCUGGCCGCUGAGCUGCCCAAAGUGUCAUACGUGAAGGCGCUGGACAUCUGGCUCAUCGCCUGCCUCGUCUUCGGGUUCGCAUCUCUUGUCGAGUUCGCCAUUGUGCAGGUGUUCGUGAACAGCCCGAAACGCGUCGCUGCCGAGAAGAUCCGCAAGGAACGUCUGGCCAAGCUCAAGAAGGAACAGAUGGAGGCUCUGGGCCCUCGGCCCACACACGGAGUGGGGGGCGGGCCCCCCCCUCCCUCGGCAGCGGCCCCCCUCCCGGGGGGGGCCACGCAGCCCCCGGGGCCCCCCGCGAUCUGUGGGGGGCCCCCCGGGACGACGGAGGAGCGGGUUUGGUCGGUGUCGACACGGAGGCUGCGGGGAGGACCCGCCAACGGGACACCCGAUGGGAACUCAGCUCGGGCCGCCGCCCGCCGCGCCUUCCCGUCUCGCUCCGACCUGCGAGCCCACGACUUCAGCAUCGUAGGCAGCCUGCCACGUGACUUCGACCUCACCAACUACGACUGCUACGGCAAGCCCGUGGGGGGGGGCGCCCUGGGCCCCGCCGGCGCGGGGGGCAACGCCGCCGGCGGGGGGGGCGCCGGGGGGGGGGCCCCCAAGAAGCCCCCCCCUGCCAAGCCGAUCAUCCCGUCGGAGGCGAAACGCGUGGACCACUACGCCCGGGCGCUGUUCCCGCUGUCGUUUCUGUUCUUUAAUGUAGUCUACUGGUCCGUCUACCUGUAG